AUGGCCAAACUACUGAAGCAACCCCUCAAGCUCGCCCUAAUUCAACUCUCCACCGGCGCCGACAAAGCCGCCAACCUCUCCCGCGCCCGCUCCAAAGUCCUCGAAGCCGUCCACCAGCACGGGGCCAAAAUCGUCGUGCUACCCGAAUGCUUCAACUCACCCUACGGCACCAAAUACUUCCCCAAAUAUGCCGAGACGCUUCUUCCCUCACCGCCUUCGAAAGACAAAUCGCCAACCUUCCACGCACUGAGCGAAUUGGCGAAGGAGGGGGGCUGCUACUUAGUGGGUGGCAGCAUACCAGAAUACGAGGAGAGCACCAAGAACCUGUACAACACGUCGCUCACCUUCUCGCCGACGGGCGAGCUGCUGGCCACGCACAGGAAAGUGCAUCUCUUCGACAUCGACAUCCCAGGCAAGAUCAGGUUCAAGGAGAGCGAGGUACUGAGCCCGGGAAACAAGCUUACCCUGGUUGAUAUCCCGGAAUACGGCAAGAUUGCGAUCGCGAUUUGCUACGACAUCCGCUUCCCGGAACUCGCGAUGAUUGCGGCGAGAAAGGGCGCGUUUUUGCUGCUGUACCCUGGCGCGUUCAACCUCACGACGGGCGCGUUGCAUUGGGAGUUGCAGGCCAGGGCGAGGGCGAUGGAUAAUCAGGUAUAUGUGGGGCUUUGCAGCCCGGCGAGAGACAUGGAGGCCGAGUACAAUGCGUGGGGGCAUAGUAUGGUUGUGGAUCCGAAUGCGGAGGUACUGGAGCAGCUGGACGAGAACGAGGGGAUUUUAGUGGCAGAGUUGAAGGAGGGGAGGAUCGAGGAGGUUAGGAAGGGAAUUCCGGUGUAUAGCCAGAGGAGGUUUGAUGUUUAUCCGGAUGUUAGUGAGGGGAAGAUUAGGUGGGAAGAGUGA